GGCGCGCAGCGAGGGGGAGCGGCAGGAAGACGCAUGACAGCAGAGCUGGGAAACGAAACUAGGGAAGACAACCCCAGACAAACACACGUAAAGUACCUGAGGAGUUGGUAUUCCGGAUCUCGCGUCUGCCCUGAUGGUCAGCCUCCCGUCGUAUGGUCCAGUCGUCCGCUGAACAUCUGGGUCGGAGCACCUGAACUUGUGGACCUCGGAAGAAGCGACAUAAGGCUGUUUCUACAUCGAGCUCUUAUUCCUCAGUGUUCAAAGAUGGACCCGGAGAGACAGAAACGAAAGAAGGAGAUAAAGAAAGCUAUGGCCUUCAUAGAGUCUACUCUUGCUUAUCCAGACCCGAACAGCUGCGAGGUCAUCGUGUCCCAGCUGGUGUUCAACCUGCUGUCGGAGGGCAACGCGCUGUUCAGGGAGGGGGCGUGGCCCGCGGCGGCGGUCCAGUUCAGCGAGGCUCUGGGCGUGGUGCGCUACGCCGCCUCUGAGGAGAUGGACGUCCCCCCCGCCCUGGUGGAGAGCCUGUACGUCAACCGGGCCACCGUGUACCACCGCAUGGGUGAGUUUGCGUGUGGCGUGGCGGACUGCGACCAGGCCCUGGGGGUGAACGAGGGCAGCAGCAAGGCGCUGUUCCGGAAGGCGCUGUGCCUGAAGGAGCUGGGGCUGCACCGGGAGGCGUACGACUGCACCACAGACUGCCUGCUGCUGGACCACCCGGAUAAGCAGGUGGGCGAGCUGGCCCAGGAGCUGGCUCUGAGUCUGGGUCUGAGGAACAGGAAGGCCUACGUGACGACCCAGAAGGGGAACGUUGUUGGGAACGUCGUUGGGAACGGUUUGGGGAACGGUUUUGGGAACGGGAGUCCAUCAUACGGCACAGCCCAUUUUUCUCCCAGCAUGCUCCGCUCGGCCUCAGCCCAGCCCAGCAGCCCCGUGACCUUUGGUGACCUCCCCCUGACCUCACGACCUCAGCCCAACACCCCCGUGACCUUUGGGGACCUCCCCUUUACCGCCGCAGCUCAGCCUAGCACCACCUUGACCUUUGGUGACCUUCCCCCCCGCCCCUUCAAACCCCAGGCCACCCCCGCCUGCGAGUUCCCCACCGGCAUGUUCCCCACGGGCCCCGCCCUCACAGGCCCCGCCCUCACAGGCCCCGCCCCCAAAGGCCCCACCCUCAGAGGCCCCGCCCCCGAGGCCCCCGCCCUCACAGGCCCCACCCCCAAGGCCCCCACCUUCACAGGCCCUGCCCCCACGGGCCCUGCCCCCAAGGGCCCAGCCCCCAAUGGCCCCGCCCCCAAGAGCCCCGCCCCCAAUGGCCCUGCCCUCAGAGGCCCCGCCCCCACAGCCCUCACAGGCCCUGCCCCCACGGGCCCUGCCCUCACAGGCCCCGCCCCCACGGGCCCCACCCCCAUGGCCCCCACAGGCCCCACCCACAGGGCCCCUGCCCCCACUGGCUCCGCCCCCACGCCCCCCCCGGGGGCCGCCCCCGAGCCGCUGGAGGACUUCGAUCUGACGGGAGAGGACCUGGACAGCCUGCUGGACGGCCUCCCUCCCCAGACUGGCCCCGCCCCCAGCCUUCCCCCACGGACCCCCCAGCCCCGCCUCCCCCCCCCGGGCCACCUGCCCGCCCCCUCCCCCCUGCUGCCCCCCGCCUCCUUCGGCCGCCUCAGCGCCGCGGGGGGAGGGGCGGUGAAGGUCCUCCCCCACCUCUCCCCCACCCCGGACAGCCUGGACCAAUGGGAGGGCAUCCUGCCGGACCCCCGACAGGCCCCCCGACCGGCACCGGGCCGCAGGGUCGACCGUCACCCUGGACAGGGGCCCUUCACAGAGAGCCUGGACACCCUGGACCAGCUGGACACCCUGGACCAGCUGGACUCCCUAGACCAGCUGGUCCAGCUGGACUCGAGGGGGACCCUGGACCAGCUGGACUCCCUAGACCAGCUGGACUCCCUGGACCAGCUGGACUCCCUAGACCAGCUGGUCCAGCUGGACCAGCUGGACUCCCUGGACCAGUUGGACUCCCUGGACCAGCUGGACCAGCUGGAUGACUUCGAGGUGGUCCAGCGGCGAGGCGGUGGUGGGGCCCCCGGAGCACACGAGGCUGAGACCGCGGACCAGGUCCUGGACGGGUCCCUGGACCAGGUCCUGGACGGGUCCCUGGACCAGGUCCUGGACGGGUCCUUGGACCAGGUCCUGGACGGGUCCCUGGACCAGGUCCUGGCCGGGUCCCUGGACCAGGUCCUGGACGGGUCCCUGGACCAGGUCCUGGAGAGCCUGCAGGGCGCCUCGGUUUCGGAGCCCCAGGCUGGAGGUCUCCCCAGGUCCCUGGACGUCCUGGACUCCUUCUCCCCCCUGGAAGAGGACCCCCACAGACCCGGCGCCAAGUCGUCCCCAAAGCCCUCUGCCAAACCAAGCCCUAAAAAGGGAACCAAAGCUUGGAACCCGCUGGACUCCACCCACAUGUUCCUGAGGGCCUGCUCCGUCUGUUACUCCCGACAAGGGCGCUCGGUCUACUCCUUCGUCCACACCCCCGAGCUGGUCCAUGACUGCCGGCAGGACCUCCUGCUGGGCCGGCGGCGGGACGACCCCUCCCCCACCUGGACCCGGGUGCGGCCCCUCCCCCUCACCCGACCCUUCACCGGGAAGUUCAUGCUGUGCAAGGAGCUGCUGAACUCCGGCGUGGUGGGGCUCUGCAAGUACGGCGAGAUGUGCACCUUCGCCUUCAACCAGCUGGAGGUGGAGGUGUGGACGGAGGAGAAGAGCGGCGCGCUGGACCGCGGCCGGCUGUUUGGGCCGCGGGCCCCCGGGGGCCCCCCAGGGGCCCGCGUGGCGCAGCUCCUCCAGGAGCACAACGGCAGCUUCCUGUUCCUGUGUGAGAGAUGUUACGACGGUAAGCCCCGCAUCACCAGCCAGCGUUCCCGUGACGACGGCGUCUCCUGCUCCAACCCCGACGCUCGCCACGACUUCAACACCAACAGGUGCCUGGUGUACGUCACGGGCCCCGGCGGCAGUGUGGGCUACAGGAAGGUCCGGGCCCUGGCCCCCGAGCACUGCAUGGAGCUGUGCCGCCACGCGGCGCGAUACGGCUGCCAGCUGGAGGACGACUGCCUGUUCGCCCACUCCCCGCUGGAGCUGAAGACCUGGGCCCUGCAGCGCACCUCGGGUAUCACCCCCGAGGAGAUCGUGGCCUCGUCCGUCAAGUAUCACGGGGAGCGAGAGCUGGACACAAAGAGGACAAACCCCCUGUCCCCCAGAGGGUCCGUGGGGGGGGCCGAGGGGGGUGGGGGGGCUAUCAGCAAACCGAAGGCUGGGGGGCGGUCUGGCGGCGGGGGGGGGGGCAGCCAGGGCCUGAAGCUCAGGCUGCGGUUCAUCUGCGGGCGCUGCUGGCACCACGGCCUCAUCACGGAGCCCGACAAGGCCCUGAAGUACUGCACGGCCAGGGGCCGGCACAGCUGGACUAAGGAGGGGCGCGUCCUGUUGGUCAUGUCUCCAGAGAGGCACAAGUGGGUGCAGGUCCGACAGCUGCCCUCCGCCAAGAACUACCCCUUCCAGUACGAUAUCUGUGGCCAGAUCCAAAGAAGCGGGAAGUGCAACUACACAGGAAACUGCACCUUCGCCCACAGCGAGGAGGAGAAGGAGCUGUGGACUUACAUGAAGAACAACGGCCUGAGGGACGUCCAGCAGAUCUACGAGGUCUGGCUGAGCGUGGCGCGCCUCGGGAAACAGACCGCCGACGCCCCGCCCCGCCCCCCCGCAGCCGCCGCCGCCGCCGCCGACAACAAGAACAUCGUCAUGCCGACCGACUACGCUGAGCCAACGAGCGGCUUCUACUGCCGUCUGUGCGGGCGCCAAAGCAACAGCGAGCGCCAGUGGCAGCAUCACAUCGCCACGGAGAAACACAAGGACCGCGUGUUCAGCGCCGAGGGGGAGGAGCUUAGCCUGAGCUGGAGCCACCGCUUCCCCGGGCUGCACUUUGCCCUGUGCCCCAGGCUGGACAGCGGCUGUGCGGAGGGCGUGUGCUGUGACUCCGCCCACAGCCCCGAGGAGCUCCAGGAGUGGCUGCAGAGGCGGGACUUCCUGCGCAGGAGGCUGGCCCAAGCCCGCGAGGAGCUGCUCAUCCUGCCCGACGACGCAGACUUCGGGAAGUUCAACUUCCUCCUGCAGGACUGAGGAGCGGGCGCCGGUCCGGGGGUCCGGGGGUCCGGGGGUCCGGGGGGAGGAGCUGUGCAUCUGUUUCAGUUCAGGGAUACUCCGGACCUCUCCGUGUCUGAGGCUCUCAGGGGGAGCCGGCUUAUGGAGGCAGUCUUUGGGGAGUCGAGUUAUUGUGAGCAGGCUUCUGCUUACGGGUCUGAACGUUGUUGUAAACGGCUGAUCACAGAGCGGGUCAGGGUCGGGGGUCAGGGGGGGCCGGGGGGGUCGGGGGGGUCGAGGGUCACCCGCUGGGGUUCAGCUCCACGCUGCCGAUGUAGGAUCUAGAAAAAUCAAAGCAGAGCGCCCGACCCUGAUCCGAUAUUACAGGAUGAACCGUCUGACCAAUGAGAUCAGGGAUCUGGAGCUGGGUGACUCCGCCUUCAGGGGCGUCGCUGCCACGCCCCUCAGUUCAUGUGCAUAUUAAUUCAGUCACUGAUUGGAGGAGGCCUUAAAGCACGUUGGCAGCAGCGGGCUGCAAUGACUUUGUGUUGAGUUCUGUCUAACUUGAAGUUUUGAUCCUGUUAAAAUAUCUAUCUAUAUAUUCUAUAUAUAGAAUAUAUAUAUUUGUGUCACUUUGAUUUCUUACUCUGACACGCAUUAAUUACAUUUUAGAGGCAAUGUUUUCAAUUGUUAUGUUUCUAUUUUAAUAAUGUUGGUUUGUAAUAAUGGCCAGUUUUUAGCAAAUUGAAGCAACACGAAUAAAAUGAAUGAAAUAAGA